GAAUGAAAAUGGCGACUAGACGAUCGUUGCUUCAAAACGAAUCGUCGUCUCCUUCUCAUAGCAAUGACCCUGGCAGGGAUCUGUUUGAAGCCUGUAGAAAUGGAGAUCUAAACAAAGUAAAGAAACUAGUGAAUCAUCACAAUGUCAACGCCAAGGAUACUGCUGGAAGAAAGUCAUCCCCUCUUCAUUUUGCAGCUGGUUUUGGAAGGAAAGAUGUGGUAGAGCAUUUACUGGAGUGUGGGGCCAGUGUACAUGCCAAAGAUGAUGGGGGUCUGAUACCCCUCCACAAUGCUUGUUCGUUUGGGCAUGCUGAGGUGGUACAGUUACUCUUGAGAAGUGGGGCUGAUGCCAAUGCCAGAGACAACUGGAACUACACUCCCUUACAUGAGGCUGCCAUCAAGGGAAAAAUUGAUGUCUGUAUUGUUCUUCUACAACACUGUGCUGACCCCAACAUCCGUAACACUGAUGGAAAGACUGCACUGGACUUGGCUGACCCCUCAGCAAAAGCUGUCCUCACUGGUGAGUACAAGAAAGAUGAGCUACUGGAAGCAGCCCGCAGUGGAAAUGAGGAUAAACUUAUGUCCCUGCUGACCCCCCUCAAUGUUAACUGCCAUGCCAGUGAUGGACGCAAGUCUACACCAUUACACUUAGCUGCGGGAUACAACAGAACUCGUAUUGUACAACUGCUGCUGCAGCAUGGAGCUGAUGUCCACGCCAAAGAUAAGGGGGGACUGGUUCCACUUCAUAAUGCUUGUUCAUAUGGACAUUUUGAAGUUACUGAAAUGUUGCUUAAGGCUGGAGCCAGUGUAAAUGCUAUGGAUCUCUGGCAGUUCACCCCCUUACAUGAAGCUGCUUCCAAAUCGCGAGUGGAAGUCUGUUCACUGCUGAUGGCACAUGGUGCUGAUCCUACCCUCGUUAACUGUCAUUCUAAAAGUGCUAUAGAUGUGGCCCCCACUAGAGAGCUGCAGGAGAGGCUUCAGCAGGAGUUCAAAGGUCAUUCACUUCUGGAGGGUUGUCGACAGGCUGACGUUGCCAGAGUCAAAAAAUAUCUAGAAGUCGUCAACUUCAAGCAUCCAUAUUCUGGGGACACUGCACUGCACUGUGCAGCAGCCUCCCCUUUCCCAAAGAGAAAACAAGUUGUGGAAGCUCUUAUCAGAAAGGGAGCUAACUUGAAUGAUAAAAACAAAGAAUAUGUGACAGCUCUCCAUAUAGCUGCUGAUAAAGCCCACUACGAUGUGAUGGAUGUUCUGCUAAAACACGGUGCCAAGGUGAAUGCUUUGGAUGGUUUGGGACAGACUGCCCUACAUAGAGUAGCUCAGCAAGGAAACAUGCAGGCGUGUCGACUUCUGAUGUCUUACUCCGUGGACGCCUCCAUUGUCUCCUUACAAGGCUACACAGCAGCUCAGCUAGCCACAGAAAACAUCCAGAAAAUGCUCAAAGAGGAUCCCCCAGUGGGAGGUACAGAUGUUGACAUUCAGCUGUUAGAGGCAGCAAAAGCAGGAGACAUGGAAGUUGUCAAAAAGUUGAUAUCCCAGAAUCCACAUUCUGUGAACUGUCGGGACCUGGACGGGCGUCACUCCACCCCCCUCCACUUUGCUGCUGGAUACAACCGAGUGGUAGUUGUUGAGUAUCUUUUACAGCAUGGAGCUGAUGUUCAUGCCAAGGACAAGGGGGGACUGGUGCCACUUCAUAAUGCCUGCAGUUAUGGCCAUUUUGAAGUCACAGAGCUCUUGAUAAAGCAUGGUGCUUGUGUAAAUGUUGCUGAUCUGUGGAAGUUUACUCCAUUACAUGAAGCAGCUGCCAAAGGAAAAUUCGAAAUAUGUAAAUUAUUGUUAAAACAUGGUGCUGACCCAAACAAGAAGAACAGGGAUGGGAAUACUCCAUUAGAUCUAGUCAAAGAGGGGGAUCAGGAUGUGGCAGACCUGCUCAGAGGGGAUGCUGCACUGUUAGAGGCUGCAAAGAAAGGAAAUCUGGCUCGAGUUCAGAAGUUAGCAUCACAAGAAAACAUUAACUGUCGGGACACACAGGGCAGGAAUUCCACCCCACUGCACUUAGCAGCUGGAUAUAACAAUGUAGAAGUAGCAGAGUUCCUAUUAGAGAAUGGUGCUGAUGUCAAUGCCCAAGACAAAGGGGGUCUUAUUCCACUCCACAAUGCUUCAUCGUAUGGGCAUGUGGAUAUUGCAGCCCUCCUAAUUAAAUUCAACACCUGUGUCAAUGCAGUAGAUAGGUGGGGCUUUACACCCUUACAUGAAGCAGCUCAGAAGGGGAGGACUCAGCUCUGUUCAUUACUGCUUGCCCAUGGGGCUGACCCAACAUUGAAAAACCAGGAAGGCCAUACUCCAUUAGACUUAGCAACUGCAGAUGAUGUACAUGCUUUACUCCAAGAUGCCAUGCCUCCAGCUGUUCAGCCGCCCUCUCUUACCAAAUCCAGUAUAAAUCUGGGCAACACUAGUGAUGCCAGCUCUAACAACAGUCUUACAUUUAAUGCCUCGGACCUUGGUGUUGCUGCAGGGGCCUCAGGCACCUCAGCAGGUGCUUCCAUGUCACUUGGUGAUGGGUGCAACAUGGAACGUACCAUGGCAGAAGGGGAGCGUAGUAUUGAGAGUAUUAGUGUUUCGGCAUUCCUGAACAGUGUGGGACUAGAACAACUUGUGUGUGUGUUUGAAAAAGAACAAAUUACAAUGGACAUUCUUGUGGAAAUGGGACAUGAUGAGUUAAAAGAAGUGGGAAUUAAUGCUUACGGACAUCGACAUAAAAUUCUUAAAGGAAUAGAAAAGUUAGCUGCUAGUAAAGCGCCAUCUUCAUUACCUGCAGUGCCAACACAGGGAACAGUGCUAGUUGACCUGGGUCCAGAUGACCCUGAGUAUAUUUCUGUAGAUGAACAGAUGCAAAGCACUCUUCGAGAACAUAAAGACAAUGUUGGAGGCGUUUUCAACAAGUAUAAUAUAUCUAAGAUACAAAAAAUCAGCAACAAGCGAUUAUGGGGUAAAUACUGCCAUCGGCGAAAGGAAGUGGCUGAAGAAAAUCAUGGACACGACAACGAGCGUCUUCUGUUUCAUGGUUCACCAUUUAUAAAUGCCAUUGUACAUAAAGGCUUUGAUGAGAGGCAUGCUUACAUUGGGGGAAUGUUUGGAGCUGGUAUUUAUUUUGCUGAGAACUCUUCCAAGAGUAACCAGUAUGUGUAUGGGAUAGGGGGAGGAACAGGGUGCCCUGCCCAUAAAGACAGAUCCUGUUACAUAUGCCACAGACAACUGAUCCUAUGUCGAGUGACACUGGGCAAGUCCUUCCUACAGUUUAGUGCAAUAAAAAUGGCCCAUGCCCCACCAGGACACCACUCCAUCAUCGGGCGACCCAGCAGUGGGGGACUCAUGUUCCCAGAAUAUGUUGUAUACAGAGGGGAACAGGCCUACCCAGAAUACCUGGUAACGUUUCAGAUCUGUAAGCCAGAGACCCCUGACACAUCUGCAGCUCCCACACCCAAGAAAUCCUAAUCAGAGAGUCAGUGCUGACCAUGUAACUGUCAAUCAUUUCAUGAUUGACAGCUCAAGAAUUGGAACACAUAUCUUCCUGUUUGACUGUCGUGACCAGUUGAAUGUCGUUACUGAUAGAGACAGUAUUAUAAGACAUCUGUAAGAGUGAUUCUUUGUGGGUUGCAAGAGCUGAUUGCUUUGUUUGUACCAGACUUUUUCACAUGGAAUUUCUCUCUCACUGCGAUGGAGACUGUGGAAGUAUGUGUUCAUUAUAAACAGAAUCCAAUAACUGUGCUGCAAAAUUAUGUAUACAAGAUCUGAGGAUACCUAGACACAAAACUUGUUAAGUCAGGGUAAUAGUAAGUUGUUUUGUGUGUAUGUUACAAAUGUUAAUAUUUAAUCCAUAAUUCAGAAAUUUCUUAAGUUUUAUGUCAAAUCUUGCCUGGUUGUGAACAAGUGUAUUAAAAGUCGAGUUCUAAAAUUGGUAUGCUAGAAAUGUUCUAGGUAAGUUUUCGUUUUUGUUUUCUUAAACCAAGUAUUUGUGAGUGCCAUAAUUUUGUUAUUGAACUAUGCAAACAUGCAGUAGUUAAAACUAUUCAUUCAGUUAAAUCAUCUAAAAAUCAAAAGAUUGAGAAUUACUGUAAUUUCACCAUCUAGCACCAAGGCAUUUGGAAG